CCUCGGCGCUGCUGCGUCACCGCGCUGCCGUCAGUCACGUAUGCGCGAGGAAGCGAUGAAGGGGUCGUGUUUUUUAAUGAACGUUAUAAGGCGAUAAAGCUCCUAUUCGUGCACUCUGCGUUGUUGGUGGCGGGCGGCGGGAUGCCAAGGCGUGUCCUCUUACUUGAUUGUUGGGCAACGAGGGGAAACUAGCUGGCUCGCUAGCUUAGCGUCAGUAAAGCCGACGCCAGUCGGCUUCACCCGACUACUCGCCUGUGACUAAGACUAAGCAGUCAUGACGCAGAAGGUCAAUCUGUGUUCAACGACUCUUGUUGUGGAGGGUAUGACCUGUGGCUCCUGCGUUCAGUCCAUAGAGCAGCGCAUCGGGUCUGUCACUGGAGUAAUACAUAUAAAGGUGUCCUUGGAGCAGAAAAAUGCCACCAUCAUAUUUGACGCCAGCCAACGAAGUCCAGAAUCCUUGGCAGAGGAUAUUGAAGACAUGGGAUUUGAAUCAAGUCUAUCGAAGUCAAGUGCUGCCACACCAGUCUCUAUGGAUACCCAAUUAAUCCCCACCUCAGGCUUGACACCUGCAGCCCACCAGGAGGCUUUGAAAAAGCUCUCUCAAAUUCAUGGGGUCCUCAAUGCUAGAGAGAGCCCAGCCCCGACUGGUCUCCUUGUCGACUUUGUUCCUUCACUGACUUCUGUGCAGCAGCUGAAUGAGGCGAUUGCCAGCGUAAUGCCUCUGGAGACUCCAACCCUUUCUAGCCCUUUGCCCAAAGGCCCAACUUUGUCUCCCUCUAACAGCAGUAGCGUGGUGGUCCUGAAGUUGACCAUUGAAGGAAUGACCUGUCAUUCAUGUAUCACCACUAUUGAAGGAAAGAUUGGGAAAUUGAAAGGAAUUAAAAAGAUCAAAGUUGGUUUAGACUCUAAAGAAGGUACAAUCCUGUACCUGCCUUAUCUCAUCACUGUCCAAACCAUUAUCGACCAGAUUGCUGUGGCUGGCUUUAAGGCAACGGUCAAGUCCAAGCCCCAUCCUCUGAAGCUGGCCUCCAGUGAAAUUGAACGUUUUGUUGAUUCUCAAAAACUAACACUUUCUUCACCGUCCGAAACUUCAGACGAGACAGAAAUAUUCAUAGACACAACACUCGUCACUCUCAGGGUGAAAGGCAUGCACUGCCGUUCCUGUGUAGUCAACAUCCAAGACAAUAUCUCUGUGCUGCCUGGCGUCUCCUCAGUUGAGGUCUCUCUGGAAAAGGAGAUGGCCUCCAUCUGCUACGAUCCUCUAAAGGUCACAGUGCUCCAACUGCAGAAGGCAAUUGAGGCACUGCCUCCAGGAAACUUCAAGACUGAUCUCAGGGACUCUUCUAUCCCUCUUGGUUCCCUGUCCACGCCUGCCGUAUCAUCACAGCCUGCGGGAAUAUUCCAUACCAAAUCUGCAGUCUCUCAACCUUGUUUUGCUCAGCCCCUAGCCUCUGUGGUUAACAUUCAGAUUGAGGGCAUGACAUGCAACUCCUGUGUUCAGUCAAUAGAAGGCAUGCUUUCCCAAAGGAAGGGUGUAGUAUCAGCCCAGGUAUCUCUGAACAAUCAGCAGGGAGUCUUUGAGUAUGAUCCCCUCCUAACCACACCGGAGGAGCUUAGGGAAGCUAUCGAGGACAUGGGCUUUGUUGCUUCCUUAGCUGAGACACCCUCUCUGCUGCCUGCAUCUGAUCUCAGUCUUUUGAAGUCUUCGAGUCUAGCGCCUGUAAAAGAGAGGGAACAUGAGACUCAACUACACAAAGCAACCUCACAGGGACAAAUCGGAGAAACACGCUCUAAAUGCUACAUCCAUAUUGGUGGGAUGACUUGUGCUUCCUGUGUAUCAAAUAUUGAACGAAACCUUAAGAAUGAACCGGGUAUCUACUCUGUCCUUGUAGCCCUAAUGGCCAGUAAAGCUGAGGUGCGUUAUAAUCCCGAAGUCACUGACCCUGAGAAAAUAGCAGUGUGUGUGAAGGAGCUGGGGUUCACUGCCUCCGUGAUGGAGAACUAUGAAGGUUCAGAUGGAAAUCUAGAACUAGUGGUUAGGGGAAUGACGUGUGCUUCUUGUGUUCAUAAAAUUGAAUCCAGCCUCAUGAAAGAAAAAGGAAUUAUGUAUGCCUCUGUUGCCUUGGCAACGAACAAAGCGCACAUUAGGUAUGACUUGGACAUUAUAGGGCCGCGAGACAUCACCAAGCUGAUUGAGAGUCUGGGAUUUGAACCAUCUUUGGUAAAGAAGGAUGGUUCUGCCAGCCACCUAGAUCACACUAAGGAGAUACGACAGUGGAGAAAAUCAUUUUUGGUGAGCUUGAUUUUCUGCGUGCCUGUGAUGGGCAUGAUGAUCUACAUGAUUAUAGUAGAUCACCAGACGAAUGUUUCACAUAAUCACAAUGCUACAGUGGAGGACCGCAUCCAUUACCAUUCCGACAUGUUCUUAGAAAAGCAGGUGCUUCCAGGCCUCUCCAUCAUGAACUUCCUCUCUUUUCUCUUUUGUGUGCCUGUGCAGUUUAUUGGUGGCCGUUACUUCUACAUUCAAGCCUACAAAGCAGUAAAACACAGAUCAGCCAACAUGGAUGUGCUGAUAGUUCUGGCUACCUCCAUUGCCUUCACUUACUCAGUCGUUGUCGUGUUAGUGGCCAUGGUGGAGAAGGCGAAAAUCAACCCCAUCACUUUCUUUGACACUCCACCAAUGCUCUUUGUCUUCAUCUCUCUGGGUCGUUGGCUAGAACAGAUAGCCAAGAGCAAGACAUCUGAGGCUUUGUCUAAGCUGAUGUCUCUACAAGCUACUGAGGCCACAGUAGUAACACUUGGCAGUGACAUGUCUGUUCUUAGUGAGGAGCAAGUGGAUGUUGAGCUGGUGCAUAGAGGUGAUGUUGUAAAAGUCGUCCCUGGAGGGAAAUUUCCAGUAGAUGGGAAGGUCAUCGACGGACACUCCUUGGCAGAUGAAUCUUUAAUCACAGGUGAAUCCAUGCCAGUGAGUAAGAAACCUGGGAGCUCUGUUAUUGCAGGCUCCAUCAACCAGAAUGGCUCCCUUCUUGUCAGUGCUACACAUGUUGGCAAGGACACAACUCUGGCUCAGAUUGUCAAACUAGUGGAAGAUGCUCAGACUUCAAAGGCUCCCAUCCAGCAAUAUGCAGAUAAGAUCAGCGGCUACUUUGUGCCUUUCAUCGUUUUCGUAUCGGUCCUUACACUCAUCUCAUGGAUCUUUAUUGGGUUUUUGGACUUUGCUCUAGUGGAGAAGUACUUUCCUGGUUAUGAUAAGAGCAUUUCCAGGUCGGAGGCAGUGAUUCGCUUUGCCUUCCAGGCUUCUAUAACAGUGUUAUGCAUUGCCUGUCCCUGUUCCCUCGGCUUGGCAACCCCGACGGCUGUCAUGGUGGGCACAGGGGUUGGAGCCCAAAAUGGCAUCCUGAUAAAGGGUGGAGAGCCACUUGAGAUGGCGCAUAAGGUUCAGUCAGUGGUAUUUGAUAAGACUGGGACCAUCACGAAAGGUGCUCCAGCUGUUGUCAAAGUCGAGAUGUUUGUGGGGGGCAACAGGGUGCCUCGUUCCCGACUGCUGGCAAUUGUGGGUACAGCUGAAAACAAGAGUGAACACCCUCUUGCUUUAGCAAUCACCAAAUACUGCAAACAGGAGCUUGAAACGGAGUCUGUUGGCACAUGUACAGACUUUCAGGCAGUGCCAGGUUGCGGGAUUCGAUGUCAGGUCAGCAACACUGAGUUCUUGCUGAAACAGGUGGACGGUGACAGAGAUGACAACAACCAGCGUAACAGCAUCCUUGUCCAUAUCAGUGACAAUCAUAUAACCUCCAGCUCCCAUCCUCUCAUCAUGGACCCACAGCCCCCGAGUCAUGUACAGACAGCCACGUACACUGUCCUUAUUGGCAAUAGAGAGUGGAUGAAGAGGAACUGCCUGGAGGUUUUCGCUUAUGUAGAUGAGGCCAUGAUCUACCAUGAAAAACAAGGACACACUGCUGUUCUUGUGGCUGUAGACAACACACUGUCUGCAAUGGUAGUUAUAGCAGACUCAGUGAAACCAGAAGCUGAGCUGGCAGUGCAAACUCUGACCCACAUGGGUAUGGAAGUUGUACUGAUGACUGGAGACAACAGCAAGACAGCACGAGCCAUCGCUGCUCAGGUGGGGAUCCGGAAAGUCUUUGCUGAGGUGCUUCCUUCCCACAAGGCAGCCAAGGUGGAGCAUUUGCAAAAACAAGGAAAAAUAGUAGCGAUGGUGGGUGAUGGUGUCAACGACUCCCCUGCUUUGGCCUUGGCCAACGUGGGCAUUGCCAUAGGAACUGGCACAGAUGUGGCAAUUGAGGCCGCAGAUGUUGUAUUGAUUAGGAACGACCUUUUGGAUGUAGUAGGAAGUAUUGACCUUUCUAAGAAAACUGUCCAGAGGAUCAGGAUCAACUUUGUCUUUGCCCUUAUCUACAACCUGCUUGGAAUUCCUAUUGCUGCUGGCGUAUUUCUUCCUAUUGGUCUGGUGUUACAGCCAUGGAUGGGUUCUGGUGCAAUGGCACUAUCAUCAGUUUCUGUGGUUUUGUCGUCCCUUCUACUCAAAUGUUACACAAAGCCCACCGCUGAGAGGUUGGAAGCGAAGCUUGGUAACAACAGGUGGCAUGGCAGCCUGUCUGAAAUCAGUGUCCACAUAGGCAUGGGUGAUGCACGCCGUCCAUCACCAAAACUCAGCCUGCUAGACCGCAUUGUCAACUACAGCCGAGCCUCCAUCAACUCCCUGCGCUCCGACAAACACUCUCUCAACAGCUUUGUGCUCAAAGAGCCCAGCAAACAUACACUGCUGGUGGAGGAUGCACCGUGUGAGGAGGAAAUUUGCUGAAUGCGCAACAUAACAAUGUUAUACCUGCCUAGACGGAAAUAUUGGCUUUUUCGUGCUAAGUGGAUUGUAUUGAAUAAUGUCUCAUUCAUCUGUAAAUCCCUCGAAGCAGAUGUGUUGACUUGAAAUCUGAGAUGGCCUUUAUUUUCUAGAUCAGCCAGUCAACAGGUGCAUUUCUGAGCUGCCUGAUCUGAUGUUCUAUUAUUUUUGUGGAGGUCAGUGCCCUCUUGCACACAAAUUGGUCCUUUGACACUUGAUUGAUGCUCUUGAUGUAAGCAUAAAGCAUCUUAAGGACCCUGAAGACACAUUUAGGAAGCCGAGUUCUGCUCUUCUGCCACUGUGGUCAUUAGCCAGUACAAUCUGUGACAUCUAUCCAAAGACAUUUUAAUAGUAGUGCCUCUUGUAAGUAUGGACACUACAGUGUUGGGUUUUAACUCAUGUUCCUUUAUAUAGGGGGAAAAUAUCAUUGUUGUAUAAUUCUAUUUCAGAGUAUUUAUAUUAUUUAUCUUUUUUCAUUAUAUUCUGGUAAAUGAAGAUGUUGUAUCCAAAUGGAAAUUUUAUUUUCAGCUUCCCAAAAUGUGCACGGUAAAUCACAAAAUAAUCAAGUGAAGAGAUCUAGAGAGCGUGACACAAGUCCCAUUAGAAAUACCACCUUGGCAAAGUCACAGGCAUUCCAAAGAUAGCACUAGGCAGAGGUUACCUUGGACUUAAUGUGCACAAACUGAUAAUGGGUCAAAGACUCAACCUGAAGAAGGUGGUUGUAAAAUGGCGAAGCAAAUGUUUGUUGUAGGUCCCAUAAUGUCAGCACGUUGCAUCUUUAGUGAAUACGAGAAAUCUCAGUGAAUGUGAGUAUUCAAGUUGAACAACAGUUGUUUGUGCUUGUUACUUUUGCAGACUGCAGUGAGAGGAUCUCUGCUGUCAGCCGGCCAAAUAUUUAUUACAUUUUUUUUCCACUGCCUCAACAGGCAGGAUGGUGUUACCAUUUCAAAGAGGAAUCAAGGUGCAACUUUACUCUCUUCUUUUUCAAAUGGUAGUUAUGACUCAAGCUGUUGCAUUUGUUCGGAGGAACAAAUUUAAACCCAGGGGUCUGGGAAUCGCAGUAGUCUGCAGCCUGAUCGGGUUCACCACUGAGUUAGAGGAAAGUAUUCAUUCUUUCAGGAAACAGUAUUGUGCCAGCUGUAAAACUAAGGCCAAGCCAGUUACAUUUUACAGCCAUCAAACUGCUUUAUCUGCUGCAUCAUAUUAGUAAAUAAUCACUACACUUAAGCUGAUCGUGAAAAUAGCAGCCAUUUGUUUGUUCUUUUCCCAUGAUGCAUUACUUGCUGUAGCAAUCACAGCUUGUUUUUGUUUGUGUGUGUGGUAUUUGUAAAGACACUUUGCUCCAGACCCGCAGUCAAAAUAAGCAAGUUGCUGUUUGCUGUCUUUAAUAGUUCAUCUGAACAUUAUGUGCCUUGAAUAAAAUGCUUUUCUAAGUUCA